CCACUUAUACAACCACAACUCCUGGCAGACAAUGCUCCACUAUGUUCACAAGUGACAACACAAUCACACUCACCUCUCAAACCCAAAAGUUUGGCCUUGGCCAUGGCUUCUCCUCUCUUCUGGCUCUCUCCAGCUUUGGGUAAUGGCAAUUGUCAGAGAUUUGAUCCUGGGUUUUUUAGUAUCAGAAGACCCUCAUAUUUCGGGACUACAACUCAGUUCCUUAAUUCUAAGCCAAAACCGAUUGCUGUUAGAUGUGAAUCGACAAGGACUGAUGAGCCAAAAACGAAAAGAAAUCUAGUGGACAAUGCGAGUAAUCUCCUUACCACUUUGUUGAGCGGGGGAAGUGUAGGGUCUAUGCCUAUAGCUGAAGGUGCUGUCACGGAUUUGUUUGAUAGGCCUCUCUUCUAUUCACUGUACGACUGGUUCUUAGAGCAUGGCUCUGUCUAUAAACUUGCUUUUGGGCCAAAAGCAUUCGUCGUUGUAUCAGAUCCCAUUGUUGCAAGACACAUUCUUCGAGAAAAUGCAUUUUCUUAUGACAAGGGAGUCCUAGCUGAUAUCCUAGAACCAAUAAUGGGUAAAGGACUUAUACCUGCUGACCUUGACACUUGGAAGCUGCGGAGAAGAGUUAUUGCCCCUGGGUUCCAUGUCUUAUACUUGGAAGCUAUGGUCAAGAUAUUUACUGAUUGUUCAGAAAGAACAAUACUGAAAUUUGAGAAGCUUCUACAAGGAGAGAAUUUGGGUGGAAGAAAGACAAUAGAGUUGGAUCUUGAAGCAGAAUUUUCUAGUUUGGCUCUUGACAUUAUUGGUCUUAGUGUCUUCAACCAUGAUUUUGGAUCUGUUACUAAAGAAUCUCCUGUAAUUAAGGCAGUAUAUGGCACUCUUUUUGAAGCUGAGCACAGAUCUACUUUCUACAUUCCGUAUUGGAAUAUUCCUUUGGCAAGGUGGAUUGUCCCCAGGCAGCGGAAGUUCCAGAAGGACCUUAAAGUUAUCAAUGACUGUCUUGAUGGACUCAUCAGAAAUGCAAAAGAAACCCGAGAGGAAACAGAUGUUGAAAAACUGCAACAAAGGGACUACAAAAAUCUCAAGGAUGCAAGUCUUUUGCGUUUCUUGGUUGAUAUGCGGGGAGCUGAUGUCGAUGACCGUCAGCUUAGGGAUGAUCUGAUGACAAUGCUUAUUGCUGGCCAUGAAACAACAGCUGCUGUUCUAACUUGGGCUGUUUUCCUGCUUGCACAAAAUCCCUCCAAAAUGAGAAAAGCUCAAGCGGAGAUUGAUUUAGUGCUUGGACAGGGGAGUCCAACUUUCGAAUUGCUCAAAAAAUUGGAGUACAUUAGACUUAUUGUUGUAGAAGCUCUGCGUUUGUAUCCUCAGCCUCCUCUACUAAUUAGACGUUCUCUCAAAUCAGAUGUAUUACCAGGAGGGCAUAAGGGUGACAAAGAUGGUUAUACCAUUCCUGCUGGGACUGAUAUCUUCCUUUCUGUAUAUAAUCUCCAUAGAUCUCCGUAUUUUUGGGACCGACCGCACGAGUUUGAGCCGGAGAGAUUUUUGGUGCAAAAAGAGAGCGAAGGCAUUGAAGGAUGGGCCGGUUUUGAUCCAUCUCGAAGCCCUGGUGCAUUAUAUCCAAAUGAGAUAAUAUCAGAUUUUGCCUUCUUACCCUUUGGCGGAGGACCAAGAAAAUGUGUUGGAGACCAAUUUGCCCUAAUGGAGUCUACGGUGGCAUUGGCUAUGUUGCUGCAAAAGUUCGACGUGGAGUUGAAAGGUUCUGCAGAAUCGGUGGAAUUGGUCACCGGGGCAACAAUGCACACAAAGAAUGGAUUGUGGUGCAAGUUAGGAAAGAGAGGUGAUGUCCAUUGACAUAGAUUCAUUACUUGUACGUGUACGGACAAUAAUUGUAUGGUGCAUGCUCUAACUGCUGUCACCAAUUACAGACUCGCAAUUUUUUUUUUUUCACAGAAAUAGUGAGAUUUGAAUUUUGUAU